CCCCGCAGGGCGGGGCCGAGGGCGUUGCCGCUGUCCCGUCGCUAUGGUAACCGCUGGAAGCCCUCGCGCCGCGAUAGAGUAGGGCGCAGGCGCAAGGCUGGGAGCACGCGCGGUGAGGGUUAGAUGGCGCAUUACAAGGCCGCGGACUCCAAGCGGGAGCAGUUCCGCCGGUACCUGGAGAAGUCGGGGGUGCUGGACACGCUCACCAAGGUGUUGGUAGCCUUAUAUGAAGAGCCAGAGAAACCAAACAGUGCACUGGACUUUCUGAAGCAUCACCUGGGAGCUUCAGCUCCUGAGAAUCCAGAAGUAGAAGCACUUCGCUUGGAAGUGGCAGAGAUGAAAGAAAAAUACGAAGCUGUGUUGGAAGAGAAUAAAAAGCUGAAAACCAAGCUGGCUCAGUAUGAACCACCUCAAGAUGAGAAGCAUGGUGAAUAACAGUAGUUUCUCCUUUAAUGCCUUGACUUAAUAAAGGGCUUCCUGAGAACUGCA